AGCUUCAGCAAGGGUGGGGCUUGCAGCAGUCGGACGUUCCUAGAGAAAGUCUUCCUGGUCCUACUGCUGGCCGUGUUUGCUGCUCUGGUGGCUGUCGUGGUGGUGCUGAUCGUCGAGAAAACCAAUGACGACAAGCCGGUGACGUCGCAGGACACUGUUAUCAAAAAGCAAGGUGAGGUUGAUGUGAGCGGCUGAGCUUGUUAUCAUAGGUGAGGUGCUGUCGGUAGAGGAUCCUAAGAGGUGGUUCUUUGACCACUUGCUGCUGUAUCGGGAUUUUUUCACCCAGUAAAGAAAAUAUAUAAAGACAGAUAUAUAAAACUGUUUGUAAUAUCCUUUACCCUAGACAUGGUCCCCAACCCACCCCAGACAUGGUCCACACCCUACACAUGGUCCCCAACCCUAGACAUGGUCCCCAACCCUAGACAUGGUCCCCACCCUAGACAUGGUCCCCAACCCUAGACAUGGUCCCCAACCCUAGACAUGGUCCCCAACUCUAGACAUGGUUCCUUACCCUAGACAUGGUCCUCAACCCUAGACAUGUUCCCCACCCUACACAUGGUCCCCAACCCUAGUCCCCACCCUAGACAUGGUCCCCAACCCUAGACAUGGUCCCCAACCCUAGACCUGGUCCCCAACCCUAGACAUGGUUCCCAACCCUAGACAUGGUCCCCAACCCUAGACAUGGUCCCCAACCCUAGACAUGGUCCCCAACUGUAGACAUGGUCCCCAACCCUAGACAUGGUCCCCAACCCUAGACAUGGUCCCCAACCCUAUAUAUGGUCCCCAACUCUAGACAUGGUCCCCAAUUCUAAACAUGGUCGCCAACUCUAGACAUGGUCCCCACGCCUAGACAUGGUCCCGUCCCCAACCCCAGACAUGGUCCCUAACCAUAGACAUGGUCCCCAACCCUAGACAUGGUCCCCAACCCCGAACAUGGUCCCCAACCCCGAACAUGGUCCCCGAAGCAAACAUAUAAAUGACUCGUACACAUCCCCCCCCCCCCCCCCCCCCCGAAAUCUUGCAAUUAAAAAUUGUAUUACACUUGACAUGCGCAUUUAUAUUAAAUACUAGUAAUACCCCCCAUACCCAAACGAUGGCGGCGACAAUGCGUGAACUUCACGUCUACUAAAGUGACUUGACAAGACAACACAUUCGAGUAAAGCACUUCAUAAGAAACACAAUUUGUGCCGCUUCUGGGAAUUUUAAUUGGACGCGCCUGUUUACUACAGCGUUAGAGCAAUACAUUCAUGCAUGCCUAGAAAAUAUUUUAUCCUUCUCAAAAAUCUUUAAGUUCCACGUAUUCUACAACGCAGAACAACUUCACGGGAGGGAUACAUUUAAACGUAGCAAACGUUGUUGGAUGCUUGAUGGACGACACUGUGCGAUUCAUUAAAUCUGGUCAGGCAUUCACAACAAAGGUUACGAAAGGAUUUCCCUGUUGUUAUCCACCCCUAUAAGGGUGUAAGGGGAAUAUGGUGGGCCGGGGGGGAGGGGGGGGGAGUGCAGACUUUAAGUUGAUUAUCUCUACGAAUAAAUAUUUUGCAAUUUUAUUUUUAAUGGAUAGAAAUUUUAAUUGUUUAUUUUUAAAUCCAUGGCAACAAUUGUAUCACAUCGACCGCUUCACUUUUGUUUUAAUUUCACUUUCAUACCAUGAAAAUAUGGGUGAGAAAAUAGUUUACUAUUAGUAUAAAUUGUUUUUGUUUUUUUAAAUUGAAAAAAAAACAAUCACUACUCCUUGCCUAUUUCUUGUUUGAGAUACAUAUUGAAUUACCGCGAACUGUCACGUGAUAUCAGCAGCUCUCAACCUGUGGGUCGCGAUUUCUUUGUGUGUGUGUGUGGGGGGUGGGGGGGGUCGAACGACCUUAAGACCACCGGAAAACAUGUAUUCAUGAAGUAGCAACGAAUAUAACUUUAGGGUUGUGGGUCACCACAACAUAAGGAACUGUAUCAAAGGGUCGCGGCAUUAGGAAGGUUGAGAACCGCUGUGUUAGAUGGGCGAUCAGGGUAGAAUGGGCGGACCGCAUUCACCACAAAGGUUACGAAAUUAAUUCUUUGGCGUUAUCCGCCCCUUAUCUUACAGACUUGGGGAACUGGGACAAGGGGCGGUAAAUAUGGUCGGAAGGGGGAGAUAACAAAGGUUCAUACGAUUGUGGCACACGUGUAAUUAUCAAACGUCGUAGUGUCCUGUUGUUUUGUUGUUGUUUUUUUUUAUUUUAAUCGCUUCCUUUGCUAGCCCAACAUUUUUUUAAGGACGUGUUGAGCGGGGAGGGGGGGGGGUGUAAUUAUUUGCCAUCCCUUAAACACGUGUUUAGGUUCAUCAAGGCAUCGCUUAGUGUCAGGUCCCUUAACUCUUUAUGCGCUGUAUGUUUAAAAUUAUCCAGGGAUUUUCUUUUAUCGAGUUGGAGUUCUCUCUCUUGGCCAUAGCUUUAAAAUAGUGCUCCGACUACAACUCAUGAAUUAUGCAGAAAUAUAUGAUACAUUUUUUUGUUCUGCUGUUGAUUAAAAAAGUUGUUCCCAAACGAUGGGCUCCGCGAUCACUUCAUAAGAAGUUGAUUCGUGGCCGUUUUUUUGGAAAUUCCCUAAACACUAUUAACUUGUAUGAAAUAGGAUAGGCUAAAUACCCCUACCCCCUAGGGUUUCUUUCAGCUAUAUCUCGGGAGGGGGGGGGGCAAUACCCCGGGGAAAUCCAAGUGCCCCCUGGGGCAAAAACUACAUCCAACAAUAAANAAAAGUGUAAUCUAAAAAGGAAUGAAAUUGUUCCUUGUGUCACACAUUAUUUCUUUUAGACAUUGUUAGCCUCAAAAAUUUCCCCCAACUUUUUUUUUUUUUUUUUUUAAAUUGUUUUUAAAAAGGAUUCUGAACGGCAAAAAAGGUUGGGGAAGAGGUUGGGAACCACUGGGUUAAACUAUCAUUAAAUGCGUAACAGUGCAUCCCCUCAGCAGAACAUCAAAUGCUCAUGUAGAAUAUCAAGUAUCCAUGUAUCAAAUAGAAUACCAAUUACCGGAGUAGAAUAUCAUUCGUUUCAUAUGAGCACGUGAUGCAAUCCAAAUAUCUUUUUCUUUUUUUUUAACAUUUUCUAUGACCAUCCUCCGUGUUGGGCCGCCAUGCGUUUAAACACCUUGUUGUGCGUUCUUAUUUUCACGGAUAUUUAUUCUUGCUUUGUGGGACCCUGUACGUAAAUAACUUGUAUUUUAAUUUUCGAUAAUUGUCUUGAGUUCAUUUUAGUUUUCGUAAACAGGUUUUCCCCAUUUACAGAUAUUACUCUUUUUUUUUUCAAACGCUACCCUAUAUUCAAAUAUUAACUCAUUUAUAAAUAUUACAUUAUUGACAGAGUAUACCUUGUUUACAACUAUUACCUUAUUUACAAAUAUUUCCUUACUUACAGAUGCUACAGAUGUCUGCCUCAGAAAAGAUUGUGUUGUGGCAGGUGAGUUGUUGCAUUCAUUUUUUCUUUCAUUUAAACCGAAGCGAUAGAGCUAAUUUGGCAAAUAAAUUAGAAGCAUUUACACGCAGUCACACAAAUAUUAAAUCAUUCACGUUUUCGAGAUUAAUGAUAUUUUAAUCCCAAGAAUGAAUAAUCUGAAAUGUAUUGUUACCUAAACACACUUGAAAUUUUUUUUUUAGAAUUUAAAUUCCUAUUCAGUCUCAAGGUGUUUUUUUUUUUUUUUUAAGAUAAAAUGUGUCAAAUUAAUCAUUUAUAUUUAAUAAAAACAGAAUGUUAAUUAUUCUAAAAUUCAAAAUUCCUUUUCCUUUAAAUUUUUAGAGUCUUUCUUUUUUUUUUUUUUUUUUUCCUAUUCAGUCUCAAGGUGUUUUUUUUUUUUUUUUAAGAUAAAAUGUGUCAAAUUAAUCAUUUAUAUUUAAUAAAAACAGAAUGUUAAUUAUUCUAAAAUUCAAAAUUCCUUUUACUUUAAAUUUUUAGAGUCUUUCUUUUUUUUUUUUUUUUUUUUUUUUUUUUUUUUUGAAAUUAUUUUUUUUUUUUUUUUUUUUAAUUUUUUUUUUUUUUUUUUUUUUUUUUUUUUUUUUUUUUUUUUUGUUUUGGAAACUAAAUUUGUAAUUUCUGUGUCUGAGAUAAUGUAAAAGUUUCUCCACCAUUUCCCAAACACCAUUUUUGACAGCUGCCCGCAUUGAGCAGGGCUUGGACUACAGCGUGAAACCAUGUGACAACUUGUACCAGUUCGCGUGUGGUCGUUGGAUGAAGGAGAACGUCAUUCCGGAGGACAAGGCCAGCCUGACCACGUUCAGUCUCCUGAGUGACAAGAUCGACAUCGUCAUCAAAAGUUGGUCUUCACUUUGGUCAAGUUUAGAGAUUACUGUAUUUUUAACACUCUUAAGGCUUGAUUGUUUUUUUUUACAAUAUUGUACAACAAAGGAGAGGCAAGUAAGAGCUUAAAAUGAUUUGCCAGCUGGGAUCAUUGGUAAGAACAGGUCAGUGCAGAGGCCGAGACAACCGAGUAAAUCACUCUGGAUCCUGUCCAUAUGGGGGGGGGGGGAGGGGGGGUCCCAAGAGCGGAAAUUUUAUUUUAUACAAUUAUUUUGACAUUUUUUGGGGGCCCAAAAUCUGAUUUUUUUUCUCUGUGCCCCAAACCCUUCUGCACGACCCCGAGUAUAAGAGAACGAUACUAAAUAGCAUAUGGUGAAAUGCCAAACACAAAUAACGUCCCCGUCUGUUGUAGUUGUCGCCUACAGCAUCUGUAAAAGUAUGGACGCCCGAACUCUUUGUGAUCCUUAAUGAAGGCUUAACGAAACUUUGAACACUUGGAAAACGAACAUUGUUUCAGUUUUCCAUCCUUAUAAAACAAACACAUAUUUAGUUUGUUUUUAAACUCGUAUAAAACCAACCCUUGUUUCAGACCUGCUUGAAGAGCCUCAAAAGCCCACAGACCUGAACAGUAUAAAAAAAGCGAAGGAUCUCUACGCUUCCUGUCUCAAUGUCGGUAAGUGACCACUGGUCAAUGAAUGUUUGAAAUUGAGGGACAUGUAUUUGAAGUUGGGGUGGGGGUAUAUAUGAAUCUCCGUGAUACUACUUAAAUCACGAGCGUUGGGCCAGUAUUGAGUGGUGGGCCAAUAUGUGAGUUGUUGUCCAAUAUGUGAGCGGUGGGCCAGUAUGUGAGCGAAUGGCCAGUAUUGAGUGGUGGGCCAAUAUGUGAGUUGUUGUCCAAUAUGUGAGCGGUGGGCCAGUAUGUGAGCAGUGGGCCAGUAUGUGAGCGGUGGGCCAGUAUGUGAGUCGUUAGCCAGUAUGUGAGUGGUGGACCAGUAUUUGAGUGGUGCACCAGUAUGUGAGUGGUGGACCAGUAUGUGAAUGGUGGGCCAGUAUCUCAGUGGUGGGCCAGUAUGUCAGUGGUGGGCACUAUGUUAGUGGUGGGCCAGUAUGUGAGUAGCUGGCCAACACCUUAGCAACGAGCCAACACAUGUGCAGUUGACAGGCACGUAAAUGGCGGGCCGAAGUGUAAGUUGCGGGCCAACAUGUAAACGAUGGGCCAGCACGUGAGUGGCCGGCUAACGUGUUAGCCACGGGCUGGCAUGUGCGGGCAAGGUCCACAUUUGAACGAUGGGUCAACGUGCCAUAAACAGAUAACUUACAGGAUAAUUCCCAAACCUUCCCAAAGCCAUGGUUGAAGAACCAAGUGAGAUUUACCCAACAGAAAUAUCCGGAGAGGGCUUCCUGUAGGCGAUGUAACGUAACUCCUGCAACGAACCUAGUGCCCAGCUCAACCAUCUAUUGAUGUUCCUUUGGAUUCAAUAUCUGCGUGGAAAUGGGUAUCCUGUGAAUGGGAACCAGAGUAUUCUCCAUAAAAGCACCUUUUGGUAUCGCAUACGGAUGCAAAAAAAAAAAUAAUAAUAAUAACAAUAACAAUAAUAACUUUUAAUGGACAUUCCCUGACUGUGCUUGGGAUUGAGUGAUUCAGAGUAGAGUUUUUAAGUGGGGAAAAGUUUCGCAUUGGCUUCAAGUUGAGUUGCAGUGUCGAGAAAAAUUGCGAACUUUCAGGACAGAUGGAGCCGUCUCGCAUCUCAUUCGGGUCUUCAUUAUAAGUUCGUGUUAGAGAGUAAAUCGGAUUAUCUUUUCGUCUGAGAGACGCUCCGGGGGGGGGGGGUUUGUAAAUAGAAUAUAAUCCAGUAUUUCAAAGUUGAUUAAUCCUGUACAGUCAGAAAAAAAUGACGUCACUGGGAAUGAACGCAAGAGAGAGAGUUGACUUAGCGGGAGAAUUUAAAAUGAAGUUUAUCUGAUGAAAAUAGUCUCUCCCAGAUUUGAUCAAUAAGAGGGGCGACAAGCCGCUGACUGAUCUGCUGCUCAAAGAGUUUGACGGGUGGCCCCUGACCAACAGUCGAUGGAACGAAUCGGGCUUUGAUCUGGUCAGGACCCUCAGAAAACUGAACCAGCACGGCGUGUACACGCUGAUCGUCUUGUACCCAGCCACGGACAGCAAGAACUCGUCCAAAAGAAUUCUAAAGGUAAGGUCUAUUACCGUUUGAUGUUGCCGGGGACUAACGGAAAAAAGCUCUAUUACCAUGUGGUGUUCCUAGAAACGUUCCUAGUUAAUUUUUGUUUUCAUAUGGUGAAUCCCAUUGACCGAUUACGUCGUACAGUUUUAAUAUUAUGCAUGUAAAAAUUUACUUCAAAUAUUACACGUACAAACGCCGAGGAUAAGAUUCGACAUGAAGUGGUUUUACCGUCGUGUUUCAACUUUCCCCCAGACUUUUUCGACACCAAACGCUGGUUAAGUUACCCGUAAACCAGACGUUGCUAUAAGGCUCUCAUCACUUUCCUAAUCUCGUCAAGACCACAACGAAAUGCGUUAUCAUCACUGAGUGUAGUAUCUAAAAAUUGUCUGAAAAGCUGUGAGGUCACUUGGUCAAGUCAAUCGGUUUAUUUCUAAAAGAAUUAAAAACAAAAAGAUCGAAUGUCUUUUACUCCCUUAAAAUACUUCCCUUCAGGCUCAGUAGAGUGCGCUAAGCAGGGCCGGCCCUAACAAUUGCGGGGCCAUACGCGAAACGGAUUGCGCGGGGGCCCAGUCUGGGUAGGGAUAAGGAUUAUAGGUGAAAAUUAAGAUUUUGUAUUAGAAAAAAAAAAGUGCGGGGGCCCAAUGCGGCCGCAAAGGUUGCAGUGGCCUAAAGCCGGCCCUGGCGCUAAGAAUGCGUUAAAACUAGUUUGAGAACCACUGCUUUAACCACUUUAUUCCAACAGCUAGGAUCAGUAUAAGUCGAGGAAGGUGGGGGUGAUGAGUUUAGGUACAAGAAUAUGAGUAGAAUAAGUUAAAGGUAAUUUGAAAUGGUCACAAUGAAUGUGUCGGCAAAAAGCCGUCUUCGACGAACAAUCAAAAUAAAAUAACUUAUCUGAUGCCGUGGAAUGUUCCAGAUAAAUCCAUGAUGUCUAUGGUCCACCUUGAUCAGUAUUCAGUAUUUCUCGAGGGCACUAACUGCAUCUGAUCUGAAAUUAACCAAAUUUUAUGUUUUCACGUGAAUGAAAUCUCCGUUUAAAGUUUAAAUUGUUUUCAUUUAUUUACUUUUUUUUUUGUUUAGAUUGAUCAAACAUCGUUUGGUAUGCCAGGACAGAAAUAUUAUUUGGUACCCAGAAAUGACACAAUGCUGAUGGCCUACGAGGACUUGAUCUACGGGCUGGCUAACCUCUUGGGGUUCGCUAAUUCAACAACUGCCCGGAAUGAUGUGAAAGGCAUUGUCGACUUUGAGAUCGACUUGGCAAAUGUAAGCUCUGCAUAUGUAUUGGAGAUACAAUAGUACAGUAAAAUUGUUGUUACCAAACACAUAUGAGUUAUGCGGGAAAUAAAAUAUCGAUACUGGUUGAAAACAUUCAUGGAAAGUGGGUAAACAUUUCAGCUAUAAGAAUUCUGGAUAUGGGAUAUAUGUGAAGAGCUUGACUGAAAGUAUAUAGUGGAUUAAGGUAAAGAACUUAGAUGGCAAGUCGAUAUUUGAUCAAGUUAGAGCAGUCGGGAUUGCAGGGUGACUCGGAUAUGUAGGGGCCUUAAAAUUGUGAUGAGAAAAAAAAUUAUCAUCAUUCAAGGGGGUGGGGGAGCAGAAAACCGAAAGUGACAUGUGGCCUCCAAAAGUCACGUGACGACUCUGAAUACAGGAGAAACUGGAAAGUAGACAAAAGGUAAGGAUGAGUCUAAUGUCAAUUUUGAAAGUAGACAAAGGCUAGGAUGAGUUUAAUGUCAAUUUUGAAAGUAGACAAAGGCUAGGAUGAGUUUAAUGUCAAUUUUAAAAGUAGGCAAAGGCUAGGAUGAAUUUAAUGUCAAUUUUGAAAGUAGACAAAGGCUAGGACGAGUCUAAUGUCAAUUUUGAAAGUAGACAAAGGCUAGGAUGAGUUUAAUGUCAAUUUUGAAAGUAGACAAAGGCUAGGAUGAGUUUCAUGUCAAUUUUGAAAGUAGACAAAGGCUAGGUGUCUAAUGACAAUUUUGAAAGUAGACAAAGGCUAGGAUGAGUCUAAUGUCAAUUUUGAAAAUAGACAGGCUAGGAUGAGUCUAAUGUCAAUUUUGAAAGUAGACAAAGAUUAGAAUGAGUCCAAUGUCAAUUUUGAAAGUAGACAAGGCUAGCAUGAGUCCAAUGUCAAUUUUGAAAGUAGACAAAGGCUAUGAUGAGUUUAAUGUCAAUUAGUAUUAAUCAUUUUAUUUCAUGCCCAGAUUUCUGUGCUUGCUGAGAACAGACGAGACAACAAUGCUCUUUACAACCCUAUGACAUUGGCGGAAGUUCAAGGCAACUAUAGUCAGGUUAGUAGGGGAAUUUAACAAGGGAUUUCUAUUUCAUUCGAUAGGAAAUAAAGAAGUUUCAAUUGAAAACAUUUGAUUUUUUUUAACUGAAUUAAAAUUCUCCAGGUACUUGUAACUAGAUAAAAAAAAUAAUUUGGACCAGUUAGAGGAGUCUAUAAAAAUGUAAUUUAUUUAUAUACACCAUCUUAAGCGAUCCUAGCUGUUUCUAGUUGUUGGCAGAUUUCUGUAUCACUGCAACAAAUUAAUGUUGUUUAAUUUUUUGUUGAAAUCUGCUACAGUCACAAUGUAAGCACUGCUUUAUUCCCCCCCCCCCUUUCCUUUUUUUCCCAACCUACUAAAAUACGAUUAUAACUCGUUCAGAAUCUAUGUCGAUAUUAGGUGAUCACAGUCUGAAUAAUUCCUAUUUGAAUACUUCUUUCCCUUACUUAGAAAAAUAAAGUGUUGUUUUCAAACAAAAAGUCUGGAUGCGGUAUCUAAAUUAUCUUAAUGGAUCCAGAUAUUUUCGUUUCCAGCAAUUUGAUUUUCUGAGGUUCGUGAAUGAAACAUUCUCAUGUCCUGGCGUAUGCAUCACGGACUUGACCGAAAAUGAAGUAAUCAUCAACCACUCGCCACUCUACUUCCAGAGACUCAUGGGUCUCCUUGAGAAAACACCCAAGAAGUAAAGUUUUAAUUUUUUUUUUUUUAGUGUUUCUUGAUGCAACUUGACAGAAAUACUGCACAAUGUGACAGUUUUAAUAAUCAAUAUUAGUCAUGAUCUAUUCGAAACAUUUAUUAAGAAGUUUAUGUUUAAAUUAUUUUAGGACAGUUGCCAACUACGUUAUAUGGCGUCUUAUAUUUUCAUUGGCUGUCAACCUGGGAGACCAGUACAAGGGUUUGAUGAGCUCAUACAAAAAGGUACGCUUUGAACAGUUAUUGGCAGCUAUCCUUUAUAACAAACUAGACUAAAUUGAAGUAUUUUGGCCUAGAAAAAUAUUUUGAUAAAAAUUUAAAUCUAGACUUUUAUUAAGGCAUCACCUGUUGCCUACAAGGAGAUUUUCCUAGGCUUUAAGUUUUCAUCUCUUAACUUGCGCAGUCUAUUAGUUAAGGUAAGAAAAGGCUUUUAAAAAAUUGGGUAAUUUACGAAACAAUUAAUAAAACGAUAAAUCCUGGAUUUAUUUCAAAAGUCAAUCUUUCACCAUCUUUCGAACAAUCUUUGUAUCUGAGGGUAUUUCUUUCUGUAUCAGACUCUCUUCGGUACUGAAACAGAGCGUGCAAGGUUCAGGACUUGUGGGGCAUACACAAGCUAUUUUAUGAGUUUAGCCGUGGGUCGGAUGUUUAUCAAAGAUAAUUUUGAUGAAGAAACAAGAAACAUUGUAAGUUUUAAAUAUCAAGACGGAAUUUAAUUUAAAUCUUUCAAGGACACAAAGGGUGCCCGAUCAUAAUAUUAUUAUUGGUUUGUUUAUAGUGUGGUGUUUAAAGCGCCAUUUAAUUAAUUUAACAUUGUGGUGCUAGAUUUUUAAAUAUAAAUGGAAGAUUGAACAAAUAAAUACAAGUUAGGGUGAAGCUUUACAUUGAGUAGAACUAUCUGACAUGUAUCGGAGAAGGUUCUUCUAAGCAAGCAGGCAAUAAAAAAAGUGGGAAAACGUGUUGUUUUUUUUUUAAAUUGUAAAAUUAAAGAGACAUGUAACACAAUAAAAAUUUCUGAAUGGCUGAAAGGUUUGGACUUUGCAAAACUAAUUGAUACAACAACAAUUUUAAUUAUGUUUAAACUAUUUCCUGAUUCAUUUUGGAAAUUUUUUUUUAAAAUCUGAGUCAACAGAGUGUUGUGUAAUCUUUAGGUAUAUAGGAAGUGAUCAAUUACAUUUGACUAUUACAGAUCGACAUGAUGAUAACUGGCAUUAAAGCGUCCUUUAACAGUCUGGUGGAUGACCUUGACUGGUUGGAUGCUGAGACAAAGGCGUUAGCAAAAGACAAGGUUUGACGUCACUCUUGUCAUAAUGACCUAAUUAUUUGUUUUUGUUCCUCUUCGGUUUAUGUCGGUUCGCCACUCAGCUGACUGAGAUACUUUUUUUCUCUCGCGACCCGUGACUCCCCACCCCCUUCCCCAAGCCUUCUUUAUGUGUCCUUGAGUGAGUUUGUUUUCUUGCACACAGUAGCGCUCAAAAUAAAUUUGAUAUAUCCUUUAUAUUCUCUUGGAUAGCGUGACCAUCUGCAGACCCGUUGGUAUUCUGGGGUAAUCAGGUGUUAUGUAAUGUUUUAUGGUAUUUAAAAUUUAAUCUUUUUACAGAUUUUGAUCGUUACAUAAACUAUAGAGAAAAUGCCGAGAAAACCGAUACUAAAGCUGGUGAUGCUAGAUUUUACUCAAUUUAAUUAUACGAUUAAUUUUAAAUUUAAAUUCUAAAAUAAUAAUAAUAAAAACUGUCGGUUUAUAUAUAGUGACUAAGUAAGAAAAGUUCAGACAAAAAAAGUCUGCAUCACCAUAGAACAUAAACAAACUUUUCCCAAAUAAGGGAAGGGAGGGUUGGUACAGGGCUACACAUUUAAUCGACGACGUUAACGUCUACAAAAAAAAAGCUUUAAAAAUUAGGGGAACACACAGGCUAUAACACCUUCCCUCUUUACAAAAAAAAAAAAAAAAAAAAAAAAAAAAAAAAAAAAAAAAAAAAAAAAAAAACAAAAAAAAAAAAAAAACUACACAAAAAAAAAAAAAAAAAAAAAAAAAAAAAAAAAAAAAAAAAAAAAAAAAAAAAAAAAGGAUUUUCUUUUUUUUUAAAUUGGAAUUCUUUUUCCAAUAAAGAAAUAAACACAAAAUACAAAAUAAUAUAAUUCUUUUUUAUACUAAAAAAAAAAAAAAAAAAAAAAAAAAAAAAAAAAAAAAACAAAAAACACAAAAAAAAAAAAAAAAAAAAAAAAAAAAAAAAAAAAAAAAAAAAAAAAAAAAAAAAAAAAAAAAAAGGAUUUUCUUUUUUUUUAAAUUGGAAUUCUUUUUCCAAUAAAGAAAUAAAAACAAAAUACAAAAUAAUAUAAUUCUUUUUUAUACAAAAUAGUUCACAAAAAUUGCUUAAAAACUUAACAGAUAAGCAGUUACAUAACUUCAAUGGACAGUCAAAUUAGUCUCUUGACAAAGUGUCAACAGUAACAUUAUGUUUGCCUCAAUAUGUUUUAUAUCCAAGUGAUAUUCUUGUAGAGAUAAACUCCGCCUAAGUAACCUUUGAUCUUUGGAAACCAUCUAGUUAAGGGAUUGUGGUCUGUAAAAAGCAAGUACUGGAUGCAACGAACAACUUUUAAAAAUAUCAACUUGUUGCAAAGUAAGAAUUUAACCUAGCCCUUCUUUUUCAGUUGUGGAGUAAUUCUUCUGAAGGGGAUUAAAUUAAAUCCUUCCGAUACGAAAGGCAUAAAUAUUGAUGAACAGCAGGAGUUUCUGAUGCAGAAGUUUAGACCUUGGUAGGAAAACUCUUGUCGGAGUCUUGAGAUCAUAUGAGCCAGAAUGAUGAAUACAUUGAUUGUGGGCCCUCGGAAUAUAGAAAAAGAAGAAGAUCAUCUGGUUAUGGUAGAAGAAGUAAAACUAAGGCUUCGGUAAAGCUUGACUUACUGUUCAGAAUAAAACUAUUUCAUGAGUCAUGAGAAGCAUCAACUUUUGGAUUUUGAAAAUAUGUUUCCAGAUGUGUGACGAGAUGUGCAAGCGGAGACUUUGUGUGGUGUACCAGUAUGCAUGUGUGGUGUACCAGUAUGCAUGUGUGGUGUACCAGUAUGCAUGUGUGGUGUACCAGUAUGCAUGUGUGGUGUACCAGUAUGCAUGUGUGGUGUACCAGUAUGCAUGGUCUUCUCAUUUUUUUUUCUUGAUUCUCUAGCAAUCAUCCUUAGUGUGAUCUUCUGUUUUUUUAUAAUAUGAAAAAAUGUCUCUUGUACUUGAUUCUUUUGUGCCACAAUUUGUUGAGAUUUGCAAAAAUUGAUGAUUUGGCUCUAUUAUGGUUGUAUUUUUUGUGUAAAACUGGCUCUUGGUGAAUUUAUACGAGAUGGUUAAGUUGUCGGCCAACACUAUUGCCUUAUGCACAUCAUUCUCGCAAUGGUCUGCAAUAUGUGUUCGCACGUCGAUAUGAACACCAUUCUUGAACUCCUCCAUCAGUACGAGGUCUGUUUAUCAGUGCCCUGUGAUUACUCAUAAUUUACAUUUUUUUUUGUAGUUCUUUUUCUCUUUCUCUCUUCGAGCAUCUAGCUCCAUUUGAUUUAGCUUUAGCUGGAGCUCCUUUCUAGGAUCAUUUAUUUGUUGACUGAGGCAAUAUUAUUCUCAGACAAAAGAUCUUCAUCCACUGCGUGGACGUUGAUUAAAUCUAGAACAGUUUUUUUUUUUAAAAAGUCAAGCUAACUUAUUACUAACUCGUUCACAAUGGAAUAUACGUCUUUUCUAGAACAUUUCUCUAAAAUCUCUUCUGACGGCUGGUAACAACAUGUUCUCUGGUUCUGGUAGUGUUCGUUGCUGCAUCCAUUUACUGGUAUCUUUGCAACUGUUGGGGAAGCGUCGUUGCUAUCCUAACAGCUCCUAGCAGAUGCCAGGGCAUUCUUGAAGCUUUCUUCUUGAACUUUCAUUAUUUCAGAAAUUACAAUAUAGUAAUAUAAUGGUUUUUUUAAGUUAUAUAAGACAAGCAGGUCAAGCAGAGCUGUCGCUUGACUUUUCGAGACCCCCUGCAACUUUUCGAUUUUUUUACUCCUUCGCUUUGCAUUCAGUGUUGAUAAUUAGAGCUCUAAAAUAUCCAAGUACCCCUGCAGUCGUAUGGUUGAGGUUAAAUGACACCCACAUUUCAACUAGCAUCUCUUCCGUUGCUCUCCAUUACGUGUAGAAUGUUGCUAAACUAAAUUUGGGUAUGCUCUAAAAUGAAUUCUUGCAUUUUUAAUAGAUCCAAAAAUUAUUUGUUCUAAAACGUUUUAAGGGACACGAAUACCUUAGAGCAAAAUGUAUGCCCUAAAGGGUGAAAAAUUAAACGAAUUUUAAUUCAUGUUUGGCUACAGAUAUUAUUGAUCUUUGUUAUGGCUAUUUUUGGCACUUCCGACCCGAAAGUCUGAAAUUCCCCAUUCUAAAUUGUCUGAAAGAAACACCAUAUUCAAGCAUGCGCGUAUAUGCAUCGCUCCAUUUUGAAACUGAACAAGAGCUUCCAACGCUCUCACAUUCUGCACGCCUCUUCCCUGACGCUGAUCAGUGUGACAGUACAACGUAGAAUCUAAUGGUUUGCAAAUGAUUACUCUGCGGUGCGCCACAACUGGAGGGAAAUCAGUUUAUGUAUGGCACUGGGCACCAUUAUGCUUGCCCCGGAUGUUUAAAAAAUUCCGGCCGCAAACAAAAGAAAAAUUGAAUUCAGGUAUAGUUAAAAAUGCACAUUUUGAUUCUGACGACACAUACCCAACUUUCACGAUACAACAUGCGCAGUCAUACGAAAAUUCACAUUUUAAAUUGUGUUAUCGCAUUAGCGUAUUGGCAAUUGAUGCAUUGUUCGGAUGACAUCUAGUAGUUAAAACCUUUUUUUCUUUAAGAAUGAAGGCAUUACAUCAAAAAUUGGAUACCCCAAGGAGUUGUUGAAUGACACGUAUCUUGAGGAUUUCUAUUCAAAUGUGAGUUUUCUUUCAGAAUAUAAAAUGCGAUUGCUUUCCUCAUACAAAGAAGAGAAAAUUUCAUCACCUUCCUCAUAUAAGAAUUAAAAAAAUGUCAUAACCUUACUCAUAUAAAGAACAUAAAAUUGCUUCACCUUACUCACAUAAAGAAUUUAACAUAUACUCACCUAAUUCAUAUAAGAAUAUAAAAUGUAAUCAUCUUGUUCAUAUAAGAAUAUAAAAUGUCAUCAUCUUGUUCAUAUAAGAAUAUAAAAUGUCAUCAUCUUGUUCAUAUAAGAAUAUAAAAUGUCAUCAUCUUGUUCAUAUAAGAAUAUAAAAUGUCAUUACCUUACUCAUAUAAAGAAUCCUCAUACGCUUACUUACUCAUGUCUUACUCAUAUAUAAGAAUACAAAAUUUCUCGCAAUAUUCAUAUAAAGGUAUUUUUAUUUAACUUGUGUUGGGAUGAUAACACCAGAUAAUUUUUAAUCCACAGCCGAGUUGGGUUCUUUAGUUUACCGCCUCAACUCGUCUGAAGUCCACUCUCUCAAUUAAGAUAGCUGCCCGACUGGUCUGAAGUCCACUCUUUCAAUUAGGUUAGCUGCCCGACUGAUCUAAAGUCCACUCUCUCAAAUUAGGAUAGCUGCCCGACUGAUCUAAAGUCCACUCUCUCAAAUUAGGAUAGCUGCCCGACUGAUCUAAAGUCCACUCUCUCAAAUUAGGAUAGCUGCCCGACUGAUCUAAAGUCCACUCUCUCAAAUUAGGAUAGCUGCCCGACUGAUCUAAAGUCCACUCUCUCAAAUUAGGAUAGCUGCCCGACUGAUCUGAAGUCCAUUCUUCCUUAAAACUGUUUUAGAAGUUUGAUUAUGGGGCCAUAAAUGUCUUGUAUUCGCAGAUAACAAAUCUAAUAUUUAUUUCAGUGCCCUUCCCAUUUAAUUUACGUUUUGUUUGUACAUCUAACAGCUGACUUACAACAAAGAUGAGUACUUUGAAAAUGUUUUGAAGAAUAAUCGAAUACAUUUCAUCCAAUCCAUGCGGCACCUGAGGCAACCCAUCGACAAGGAACAGUAAAGAUCUGUUACAACUUAAUUAACCUACUUUAAUUGCAGGCCUAUUGCCGAACUUUUUUUUUUUUUCUGGUGCCAUCUCUGCUACUGGUAUUACAAACAUUACAUAGAAAUUUUUUUAAAUGACUCUUUACACUUGCAAAAGCCACGACAGUCUCGUGUGUGGUAUUUUAAAAAAAAAAAAAUGUAGUAUGGUUUAUUUAUCUUUACUUACGUCAAUGCCUUCAUUAUUAUGCUGAAGUAACACGGAGCAGAGACUGCAUUCAAGCCAAGUUCAUGUGAUAUUAAGAACAACAUUAUAUAACAGCUUAUUUCAUGGUCUAGUUAUUUUAAGGCCAAGUCUGUAAUAAGUUUAAGUCUACCAAAACAAGCCGCACCCGUUUUAAAGGAUUGGCUAUAUUUAUAAUGUUCCUUUCACAUUAAAUAGUUCAAGGUUCAAUUUUAACUCAUCAAGUUACUGGUGAUAUUUGAAAAUUAUUGUUUUCCCAGAUGGGAUUUCGCAGCUACAGACGUGAAUGCAAACUACCACCCAUCACGGAAUCAGAUUUGUGAGUGAUUGUGUGGCUCUGUGAGUGAUUGUGUGGCUCUGUGAGUGAUUGUGUGGCUCUGUGAGUGAUUGUGUGGCUCUGUGAGUGAUUGUGUGGCUCUGUGAGUGAUUGUGUGGCUCUGUGAGUGAUUGUGUGGCUCUGUGGGUGAUUGUGUGGCUCUGUGGGUGAUUGUGUGGCUCUGUGAGUGAUUGUGUGGCUCUGUGAGGGAUUGUGUGGCUCUGUGGGUGAUUGUGUGGCUCUGUGAGUGAUUGUGUGGCUCUGUGGGUGAUUGUGUGGCUCUGUGGGUGAUUGUGUGGCUCUGUGGGUGAUUGUGUGGCUCUGUGAGGGAUUGUGUGGCUCUGUGAGGGAUUGUGUGGCUCUGUGGGUGAUUGUGUGGCUCUGUGAGUGAUUGUGUGGCUCUGUGAGUGAUUGUGUGGCUCUGUGAGUGAUUGUGUGGCUCUGUGAGUGAUUGCGUGGCUCUGUGAGUGAUUGCGUGGCUCUGUGGGUGAUUGUGUGGCUCUGUGGGUGAUUGUGUGGCUCUGUGAGUGAUUGCGUGGCUCUGUGAGUGAUUGUGUGGCUCUGUGAGUGAUUGUGUGGCAAACAAAAUGGCAAUAUUUUUAUUGGGAAUUAAAAGACUACGCCAUAAGACUCGCACCCACUUUAAAGACGUAAAAUCUUACGGAUAUGCAGUCACAGAUUCCAUUUAUAAAACACCUGGAAGGAUAUCAUAGAAUUUUAGUGACGCAUUUAGACCAUGUGUUUUUUUGUUGUUGUAUGAACAAGUAAAAUUGAUCAACAUUGCCAGUUUCAAAUAUCGAAUCUACACUUUUUUUUAACAUAUUCUUUAUUACGGUAGUGCAUUCCUUGAAGUAAGAUCAAAAUUAUUUGCAUUUGUAUAAUAUGUGCUCACUGAGAAAAAUUUGACUUAAAAUUAUGCCUUAAAGAAGAAAGGAAAUCAACCCAAAAAAAUGUUUAUUAUAUUACACACCUUGGUGGAAGUAUCCACCUUAGUGGAAGUAUCCACCAUAAUGGGAGUAGCCACCUUGAUGUCAUUGAAUUAAUUUAAUAUGAUGUCAUUAACAGUUUAUAAAAAUCAUAACGCCAAUCAGAAAACAUGUUCAACCUCCCCCCCCCCAAACCACACCCCCUCUCCCUGCUUUUAAAAGACUCUUUGUAAGCGUUGUCGCCUCGUUUAUGCUUCUGACAAUACAGCGAUGUUAUCACAUUUUUUUGGGCCACCCUGUAGAUGUUUAAUUUUCCUUCUUUACAGGGAUACGCGCUGGAAUUCUCAGACCUCCGUUUUUUAGCAAGACGAAUCCUAUGUAGGUUAAUUUUUUUUUAUAAGGACAUACCCGGCAUAUGUUAAUAAGACUUAGUUUAGAGUUUAAUGGUGUUGUGCAUGCUGGUAGACUGGCUACACGCAGAGAGUGAUAAAGUCAUGUAGUGGCAUAAACAAUGUUGAACACCAUAUAAUUGAACUAAACGAAAAAAUUUCCCACUUUGAUAUUGAAAUUAGGACUAAACACUGUGUCCAUCAAUAUUGCAAUAUGUUACAUCUAAGCUGCACAUGGAAAUCAACUUUUUAAGCAAUCCACAAAAAAAUUAUACAACAUUAACACUUUUCCUGCCAUUCUCAGGUCUUUAAACUUCGGAGGUAUAGGUACGGUGAUCGGCCAUGAAAUCACUCAUGGUUUUGAUGACGAAGGUGAGGGAAUGCCCUCUAUAAUUUGCAUGGAAUAUGAAAUGAACCAUUGCAUUUUUUUUUAUAAAGGGAUAGCGAGCAGCGCGUUAAUUCACAACCGUAUAUACAUUUUUUUUAAAACUGGGAACUAACAUAAAUAUCUAUGUUUCCCCUAAAUAUUAUCCAAAUAAUAAAGUUAACAAUUAGACAAGCAUGAAAAUACACUUUACAUAUUUGUCACAAUUGUAAUUAAUUGACAAUCAAGGUAUGGAUCACCUCUUCAUUGGAUAAUCUUUUUUUUUUUUUUUUUUUUUUUUUUUUUUUUUUAUUAAUUAAAAUUUAAAAAGUUUUAAAUUUUAUUUUUUUUAAAAAAUUAAAUAAAAANUUAAUUCAUUCAAUGUGUAUCUUUAUGUGUUAGGAUAUUAACCAAAGGAAACCGGUUCAAAAAAAAAAAAAAGUCAAACGAAAUGUAAAGAAAUUUUGAUGAGUAAUCUGGCUUAAUUUUAUUGUAAAUUUUAUUUUGAUUUUAUAAGUACAUACUUAUAUGUACUUUUAACAAACUGUUCAGGUAAUCAACUUUAAUGAUGACAUAGACUUGGUCCCAAUCUGAAGAUUUAAAUUAUUGAAAAAUCCUUCUUCGAAUCUGUGGACACAUAGCAUUUCCAUUCACCAGAACUUCACAGCGGCACCAGUGUUCUGGAAUUUCAGCAUUUCAUUAUUAGAAUUCUGAUAUGUGUUACUCAGUUUCAUGAUAAAAAGUCUUUAUUUUUUAAGACAUAUUCCUGUGCUACAAAUACAGAACAUAGUUUAAUUUAUCCAUCAAACUUUGUUUAUAACGAUUGAUAUUUAAUUCAAGCAGUGGUUCUGUCCUUUGAGAUUUAGACCCAAUAAUUAAGAAUGAAUUUUGGAUUUCAUUGAUCCCCACUCAUAGAUAAUUCCAUAACUUUGUUGUUAAAUUUUAUUUUUUACAUUUCAAUUUAACAACAUGCACUCCUAUCUCAGGAUUCAGGAGUACUGAAAAAAAAUAUUUUGUUGAAACUUGAACAGACACAUUUUUAAAAAGAUUUUUAUCUCUACUUGUGCCACAAAUUAAGUAAGCAUUAAUUUCAACCUAAUUUGACCACAUUUUAGGUAAUUAAUCUCUAUGUAAUUAAUGAGUAAACAUUAAGUUCUUAUCAAAAAUUGUAUGCACAUUCGUUAAGCUCUUCCUUAGCUCAAUGUGUGCACUCUUCAGCUGAUAUUGUCAACAAAUUUAACUUGAAAAGUGCAUUUAAAGGGAUGACUAACAUAAUAAGUCAGUGUAUUCCCACUAACAUAUUCUCCCAUGUUUAAACACACACACUCUUCCUGUAAUAACUUGUAGGUCAUUCAACUAUGGCAGCAUCGGGUAUUUUCUAGGACAUGAGAUCACCCACAGAUUAGAUGACAAGGGUUAAAGUCAGUUUCUCCCCCUUGUCAAUAUACCUGCACAAAAUCUUGUACCUUGCACGUUUGUGUUUUUUUUAUGAUAAAGCACUUUAUUCAAUCACUCGUUACAUCAUAAUCCAUCUAUAAUUUAUUAAAAAUGCUUAUAUAUUAAACAAAACAAAUUUAUCGAAUGAUGGGAAAUUCUUAAUAUAAUUUCUGGCUAAAAAAUUAAGUGCAUCUUCAUAUUAAAUAUCAACAACUUUAAAAAUAUUUUUUAAAAUCAAAAUCAGUUGCACAUAUGAAGAGUUUUCAGUUAUAAACUUGAUUUUCAUCUAUUUCCCAGCGAUAAUAAAAACUAUUCUGGCCUUAAGUUUUUCCUUUGUGUGUGUACUCUAUUUCAUGUCUCUUCCUUUUUAGUUAUUUCAUAAUGAUCCUAGGUAGACGAAGACUCGAUUUUACUUUCAUCUAUCUGGUCAUUUUAUCGUCGCUGUUCUUGUAUCAAUCAGAAUAUGUUGUGUUUAAACAUUAUUAUGCUUCCAGUUUAUGAAAUGAAUCUCUUUCAGGUCGGCAGUAUGACAAGAAUGGUAACCUAGCCCAGUGGUGGCCACAGACAGCAGUGGACAAUUUCAAGACCAAGGCCCAAUGUAUCAUUGAUCAGUAUGGAAACUUCACUGUGUCCCAGAUUAACCAAAAAGUAGGCUGGGCCGUCUCUCAAACUCAAUGCAUCAAUAAUUUAAUAUCAAUACCUGUGUUAAUUGUACAGCUACAAUAAACAACUUCCGUCUCUACCACUUCAAUAAUUGCUGUUAUAUUAUCUGCAAACUCUACUAACUAACUACUGUAACAUAUAUAGGCUACCAUUUCAACUAUCUAUCCAUUACUGGCAUCCGUCCGUCACAAAGUGACGAUGGAGUGGGCUGGUGUUUUUGCUUGACUGGGCUCUGGCUGGAAUUGAACUCGAGACCACCAACUUGAGAUAUGCUCAGUUUAGUCCACUUGGUCACCCAGCAACUAACUACUAUAUCAUUGUAUACCACUGACGCCAUCUAUCAAGUAACCAUUGUAUCAUCUACCAUUUCUACCACCUAUCUACUACACCAUCUAUCUAUUAGACCAUGUAUGUUAUCUACCGUUUCUACCAUCUAUCUACCCACUAACUACUUUAUCACAUAACUUAAGUUCUUUCCACUUUCAGCUGAAUGGUAAAAAUACACAGGGAGAAAAUAUUGCUGACAAUGGUGGACUCCAGCAAGCCUACAAGG